AAGAAAAAAGAAAAAAAAAAGUUUUGAUUUUUUGGUUUUCCUUAACGGAAGCUCAAUCAAUAGUAUAUAUAACAGUACGUCCGUUUUCUUUUUUCUCUCACCGACAUUUUUGGCGUUUCUCUCUCUCUCUCUCUCUUCCUCUCCCUCUCUCUAAAAGAUUUUGAAAAAAAAAAAAAGAAACGAAAUUGGGAUUUUCUUUGUGGGUGUGAAGAAGAAAGAACAAUGGCGACGAAUAUAGGGAUGAUGGACAGCGCGUACUUCGUUGGAAGAAAUGAGAUUCUAACGUGGAUCAACAAUCGUCUUCAGCUUAAUCUCUCUCGUAUUGAAGAGGCCGCAUCCGGUGCCGUGCAAUGUCAAAUGAUAGACAUGACAUAUCCAGGAGCUGUUCCAAUGCACAAGGUCAAUUUUGACGCAAAGACAGAAUAUGAUAUGAUCCAGAACUAUAAGGUUCUGCAGGAUGUGUUCAACAAGCUUAAAAUUGAUAAGCACAUUGAAGUUAAUAGGCUUGUUAAAGGUCGACCCCUGGACAACUUGGAGUUCUUACAAUGGCUGAAACGCUACUGUGAUUCUGUAAAUGGCGGCAUUAUGAACGAGAAUUAUAAUCCUGUUGAGAGAAGGGGCAAGGGUGGGAAAGAGCGCAAUUUCAAGGGUUCUCAAAAGAACUCAAAAUCACUGCAAACAAACAAUACGCAUAAUGCUGGCUCAGGCGAUGCUGCUGGUUUGAGAAACUCUGGUCCAAAGCAAGGGAAGACUUAUUCAGCAUCGGGUGCUGCUGAUUCUACCAGUGAGAUUCAGGCUCUUUCCAAUGAGAUAACUGAUCUCAAGCUCUCUGUGGACGUUUUGGAAAAGGAAAGAGAUUUUUACUUUGCAAAGCUAAGGGAUAUCGAAAUACUUUGUCAAGAUCCUGAAUUGGAAAAUCUCCCGAUGGCAGUAGCAGUAAAGAAGAUCUUGUAUGCCGUCGAUGCAAAAGAAUCUGCAUUGUCCGAGGCUCAGGAAUACAUUCAGCAAUCAGCGAAUGCAUCAAAGGAGGAGCCCGACACCGAAAAUGAGCCUUGAACGCGAGUUUCAACUUAGUAACACACUCAGGGAAGUCGUGGUUUUUCUUGUUGAGAAGAUUCUGGUGACCCUUCGCUUCAAUCCAACUGUGAAGUACUACAAGAUGAAGGGCGUUUAGAUGUUUGUUGAUUUUUCUUGUUUUCCUCCCUUGUAUGUGCUGGAUGCAUAGGUUAACGACAAUUGAUUCUCUGAGUGAAUCGUCUAUAAUAACAGAACUUACUGAACUUUUUUUUGUUUUAACAAUGGUUGUGGAUGCAAUUCUCUGCGAUUGCGAGUAGUAGGAGCAUUGCUAUUAGUCGUUGGAUUCAUCGUUGUCAUUGGUUAUAAUGAUAAUUUUUCCGGUUGUGGAGU